CCUUAUUUUAGCUACCUUCAAUUACCUACCUUCAAUUACCUAUCAUUACCUGCCUAAUAAAACUUUUACCUACUUCCAACCAAACAUACCAGAAUCUGGGUUGAACUGGUUUGGGCGUAUGGCUUCUCGGAUCAUAAUAAGCAUCCCUAACUCAUCAUCUCUAACCAUUUCGUCAAAAUCUCUGAACAGAAAUCCUCUGUUUUGUUCCCCUUUUGGAUCGUUCAGGGAGCGGAAAAGUAAAGUUUCAUUCCCGAUUCGGGGCAUGGGCUCCUCCUCCUCUUCUUCUUCUUCCAAACCGGACAGCGAUCAAGUGGUUAACAAGAAAGAUUUUAAUUCACUUAGUGUUGAAGAGUGGAAGAAGCGGCUAACAGCACAACAAUUUUACGUCACCCGGAAAAAGGGCACCGAGAGGGCUUUCACCGGGGAUUAUUGGAACACCAAAACUCCUGGCACUUACCAUUGCAUUUGUUGCGACACUCCACUAUUCGAAUCGUCUACCAAGUUUGACAGUGGAACGGGGUGGCCCUCGUAUUACCAGCCCAUUGGGAACAAUGUGAAAUCGAAGUUAGACUUAUCGGUCAUUUUCAUGCCUCGCCAGGAGGUUCUGUGUGCAAUCUGUGAUGCUCAUCUUGGUCACGUAUUCGAUGAUGGCCCUGCCCCUACCGGAAAACGUUACUGCAUCAAUAGUGCGGCCUUGAAACUGAAACCAAACUAGAGAAGGAACCAUCAGCAACUAUGGAGAGGAUUGUGUGGUGCAUUUGAAUACUUUUCUCUGUGAUGGUGACUUCAUAUAAAUCAUUAUGUUAUUUCAGUAUAUGUAUGCAAAAUUAACUGUGUUGGUGUAAAAUUCCUAGUAUCUCUAUGAGUCUAUGUUAAAUUCGACUCCUACAUAGGUAUUCCUAAGUGUCUAUUCUUUUAGAACGUGAUUGACUAGAGUU